AUGGGGAAGAAGCAGCGCCGCUCGCGCCAGAAGGAGGAGCAGGUAGAGACGCCAGCGGCGCCGCACGAAGACGCGCCAGCCGCCGCCGCUGCCGCGGAGGAGGAGGCGGCCGCACAGGAAGUGGCGGUGGCGGGGCAGGCCCAGACCCAGGGCGCGACGAAUGGCGGCGUGAAGGAGGAGGGGAAGGGAGAGGCGGCGGCAGAGGAGGAGGUGAAGGAUGUGAGCUUUGACGAGCUGGGACUGGACGAGCAGCUGAAGAGGGCUCUGAGGAAGAAGGGCCUGACCAAUACCACCCUGAUCCAGCGAGAGGCCAUCCCGCGCAUCCUGGAGGGGACUGAUUUGGUCGCACAGGCCAAGACUGGUUCUGGAAAGACCUUUGCCUACCUUCUCCCGCUGCUGCAAAAGCUAUUGAGGUUGUCCUCGGAAGGCAGUGUUCGGAAAUCUGCACCGAAUGCCUUAAUCCUGGUGCCAACUCGCGAGCUAUGCCAGCAGGUUUUUAAUGAGGCAUCAUCUCUCCUUCAGUUGUGUACAUCCAAGUUGAGGAUUGUCCAAGUGAAUGCAAGCAUGCCAGAUAAGGAUAUUAAACUUGCAUUGUCUGGCCCCCCUAAUAUUCUUGUGACAACCCCAGCUUGUGUUGCAACAUGCAUAUCAAAGGGCAUUGUUCAGGGGUCAUCCAUUAAAGAGUCACUUUCAAUGAUGGUUCUCGACGAGGCUGACCUUCUUCUAUCCUAUCGCUGUGAAGAUGACUUGAAAGCGCUUGUCCCACAUAUUCCAAGAGGUUGCCAAUCCAUUCUUAUGUCUGCAACUUCAAGCCCUGAUAUUGUGAAACUGGCAAAGCUACUUCUGCACAACCCUGAUAUUUUAACUCUUACUGAGGUUGGUCAUGUGAAGGAUGACGUGGUCCCUAGAAACGUGCAACAAUUUUGGAUUUCAUGCAGUGAAAAGGAUAAGAUGCUUUAUAUCCUUGCCCUUCUGAAAUUAGAGCUUAUUCAGAAGAAAGUCCUAAUAUUUGUGAACUCAAUUGACAUGGCAUUCAGAUUAAGGCUGUUCUUGGAAAAGUUUGGAAUAAGAUCUGCGGUGUUGAAUGCUGAGUUGCCACAAAAUUCUCGGCUACAUAUUAUUGAGGCAUUCAAUGCUAGGUUAUUCGAUUACUUGAUAGCAACAGAUGAUAAUAAAACAAAGGAGGCGAAGCAAACCAACAAGGAAAACAAGAAAGAUUCAAGGGGGUCCCGCAAACAUAUGCAACAAACUUUAGAUGCUGAAUUUGGAGUUGUCAGAGGAAUUGACUUCAAAAAUGUAUUCACGGUUGUUAAUUUUGACAUGCCUCCGGAUCCUGCUGGGUAUAUUCACAGAAUAGGACGAACUGGGAGGGCAAAUAAGACUGGUGCAUCUAUAUCUCUUGUUUCUCCAGAGGAGGAGGAUGUUUUUGAAGAGAUUGAAAACAUGUUGCAAGAUGUUGAGAAAAAAGAUACCAAAUGCAUCUUGCCUUUCCCGUUACUAACAACAAAUGCUGUGGAGUCUCUACGAUAUAGGGCUCAGGAUGUUGCUAGGAGUGUGACGAGCCGCGAUAUACAGGAAGCACGUCGUCAAGACAUAAAGAAUGAAAUCCUGAAUUCUGAUAAGUUGAAGGCUCAUUUCGAAGAAAAUCCGACAGACCUUGAUUUGCUCAAACAUGACAAGAUACUAAGCAACAAAGCAAUUCCUGUUCACCUGCGUGAUGUCCCUGAGUACCUAAUUGACCCCACAACAAAAGAAGCCAGCAAUGCAAUCAAACUUUCAAGGGCUGCUAUGGGUGUUGAUAAUCCUGGAAGGAAGAGAAAAAUGGGAUUCAGAAGGGGAUCAGGCAAAAGUAGUGACCCCCUUAGAACGUUCUCUGCUGAGGGCAAAUCACGAAAACGAGGGGGUAAGGAAAGGGACGGAGAACAAGAUAGAAGAAAGAGGAGGAAGAAGGCAGAAGUUUAAUAUUGCAAGCAGCUCACUAUCAAUUUUUGCCAGUUUUGUAUUUCUAGACUUCUUGCUUUGUGCCGUGUAACUUUGUACCAUCUGGAUAGUAGUUAACAAAGACAAAGCUUAAUGUGGAAGAUCUCUUACAUUACAUUAUAAUGGAAAUGAGUUGAGAAUUUUGGUUCU